UCAAGCCACCGCAUACGAGUACAGUCUGUAAACCUACUGAGCAAACUCAUGUUUCCUUCAAAAAGGCUUUGUGCACAUACAAGAAUGUUACACGUGUGGAUUGUGUUAUGCUUAUUGCUACAAGGGUCUGGUUGGGCGUCCGGGGACCCAGAGACCCAUCAGCCUGAAGGUGCUGAGGUGCAUCAGCAGGGAGCUGCAGUGGGAGCCAUGACGGAGGAACAGAAAGCGUUCCUUCAGUGGUACUACCGUACAGAGGACCCAUCCUCCUGGAAGUACGCCAUGUUGGGUCUGUCAUUCGGAGCGCUCCUGCUGGGGAGUGUGCUGCUGGUGAUCGGCACCAUGGCAAACAGGAGCAGGAGGAAGCUGGCCCAGUACAAGGCCUCUGUCCGGGCAGUGCAGAUGGAGGAGCUCCAGGGCCUGACAGGGGUGACCCAGGCCUGCAGCAUGCCCCCUCAAGCACAGACCCCCACUCAGGCAGACAUCUCCAAAGACACUCACACCUCUCAUGUCAACCAAACACCGCAGGUUAGCCAGCCAAAUGGUGAGACUCCAAAAGACAUUCAUACCGCACAGGACAGUGAGCCUCCCCAUAUCAGUGACCCCCCUCAGGAAAGUGAACCUGUCCAAAUCAAUGUACCUCCUCAGGAUAAUGAACCACCCCUGAUCAGUGAACCCCCUCAAGAAAGUGAACCCAUUGAAAUUAGUCAAGCACAACAGGCAAGUGAACCUGCCCAAUCCCCUCAAGAAAGUGAGCCACCCCAGAUAAAUGAACUCCCUCAGGAAAGUGAGUCACCCCAAAUCAGUGAACCUCCUCAGGAAAGUGAGUCACCCCAGAUAAAUGAACUCCCUCAGGAAAGUGAGUCACCCCAAAUCAGUGAGCCCCCUCAGGAAAGUGAAUCACCCCAAAUCAGUGAGCCCCCUCAGGAAAGUGAGCUAUCCCAAGUCAGUGAACCUCCUCAGGAAACUGAACCCCUCCAUAUCAGUGAACCUCCUCAGGAAAGUGAGCCCCUCCACAUCAAUGAACCCCAGGAGAGUCAGCCUGAGCUUGAGUCGCCCCAGGACAGUGGCCUGACUGCGGACUCCAGACACACAGCUGCCACCUCCCAGGAGACAGAGGGACAGGGGUCAUAGUGAAUCCAAAAUCCUGAGGAUGACUUGUGAGCUGUGGCAGUGAGGUCCCCCAGGAUCACCAGAACUGACAGACAAGCAGAGUGAGGAGAGCGGAGCUCAACACAGGUCAAGCUUCCCUGCAGCAUGUGGCUCUUCUUUUGGCCAAUCAACACUGGCUCUCAUACAACCACAGGCUCAGCUGAGUUACUGUAAUAAAGGAUAUUGCCAUAGGGGUCACCAGACUGUCAAUGGUAACUGUCUCCUGUUAAUCAUUGUGAUUCAGAAUUCUGUGUGCUAAAUAAGUUGCAAUGUGCUGAUUGUUUUAUAUUUCAUUUGCUAAUAACUUAUAUGAACUGUGUUCAUAAAGCACCCCUGAUGCAUUUAUGAACAGAACAUCACAAAAAACAGAUUGCAAUUGCAGUACAUAGUAUUAUGAUAAUACAUUUUCAAUAUCAUGUCAUGGUGCUGAUAUGUCAUAGAUAUACGUAUAAAUAUGUUCAUUACCAAUGCAUAAAAAAUAUGUGUGUGUGCCUGAUGUCAUUGCCUGGGAUUUCUGACUGUUUAAUAAAAAAAAGUAAAUGGGUACCAGGGUAUGUAU